CAGUGUUCUGACGUCGCAUGCUCGCGAUCUACGUUCCGCGCACGCAUGUUUCGUUUCGUCUGAACGAAAAGUUAAUUUUUAUUUAAAAAAAAAAAAAACAAAUCAGUAAAAAUGAUAACUAUGCUUACGAAUUCGAAAAUUCUGUGGGCGCUUUGGCAAGUGAUGAACUAUUGUGUAUCUCGUACGUCGGUGAUGCUGAUCAUUGUAACCUGCACGGCGUUGUUGUUGACUCAAUUCCUGAAGCUAGUACGUGACAUUCGCAAGUUGCCCCCGGGACCGUGGGGACCACCCGUCGUCGGCUACCUACCUUUUCUCGGAGUCCGGCACAAGACGUUCCUUCAAUUGGCCAGAAACUAUGGAGCUCUCUUCUCUGCGCGACUCGGAAACCAAUUGACCAUCGUUAUGAGUGACUACAAAAUUAUCAGAGAAGCCUUCCGACGCGAAGAAUUCACCGGUCGUCCCAGCACUCCCUUAAUGCAUACUUUAGAUGGUCUUGGCAUCAUCAAUAGCGAGGGCCGCCUCUGGAAAAAUCAACGACGGUUCUUGCACGAAAAACUACGGGAGUUCGGCAUGACUUACAUGGGAAACGGCAAAAAACUAAUGGAGGAUAGAAUCAAGAAUGAAAUCCACGAGCUGAUUGUAAGCCUGCAUCGAGCGCAAGGCGCACCUAUUGACGUAAAUCCUCUCCUUGCGCUGUGCGUGUCCAACGUUAUCUGCGGUAUCACGAUGUCGGUCCGUUUUAGUAACGGCGAUGUACGCUUCGAGAGACUCAAUCAUCUUAUCGAAGAAGGAAUGAGACUUUUCGGAGAAGUUCACUACGGAGAAUACAUUCCUCUGUAUAAUUAUCUACCUGGAAAAGCUCUAGCUCAAGAAAAGGUCGCAAAAAAUCGCGAUGAAAUGUUCGCGUUCUAUCAAACAUUGAUAGACGAGCACCGCGAAACUCUGGACAUCAAUAAUGCCAGAGACCUUAUCGAUGUCUACUUAAUUGAAAUCGAGAAGGCGAAGAGCGAGGGCAGGGCCGGCGAACUCUUCGAAGGAAGAGAUCAUGAAUUACAAUUAAAACAAAUACUUGGAGAUCUUUUCUCUGCUGGUAUGGAAACCAUAAAGUCGUCGCUUCUGUGGAUGAUAGUAUUCAUGUUGCGAAACCCAGACGUGAAAAGGCGUGUACAAGAAGAACUCGAUGCGGUCAUUGGCCGAGAACGUCUCCCUUCUAUUGACGACAUAUCUAGUCUUCCAUACACCGAAACUACAAUUUUGGAAACGCUAAGAUUAUCAAGCAUUGUUCCUUUGGCAACCACACAUUCUCCGACUAGGGAUGUGCAAAUCAACGGCUAUAAGAUUCCGGCGGGUUCUCAGGUUAUACCACUUAUUAACUGCGUGCACAUGGAUCCGAAUCUCUGGGAUGAACCAAACAAAUUCAAUCCUAGUAGAUUCAUCGACGCGACCGGCAAGAUAAGACGUCCGGAAUAUUUCAUGCCAUUCGGGGUCGGCCGAAGAAUGUGUUUGGGCGACGUAUUGGCCCGCAAAGAGAUGUUCAUGUUCUUUUCGUGUAUGAUGCACCAAUUCGACUUGGAAAUGGCUGAAGGUGACGCAUUACCUUCGCUGGAGGGCAUAGUAGGUGCUACAAUUGCACCGAAAGCUUUUCGUGUGAAAUUUUUGGCUCGUUCACCAGUACCCUUAGUACCGACUACGCUCUCUGCAGAUAGCUCUCAUCUUCGUCAUGUCGGCUCACAUUAA